ACUUGAAAAGUUGAAAUAUUGUACUAUUAGCUUAGCUCUAGUGAAGUAGUAAGCAAUAAUCAUGUUUAAGAGCCCUUGUUUAAGCAAAGCCCAACAAAAGCAACACAUAGUGGUAGUGGUAGUGACAGUGACAGUGUAAGGCUCCUCAUUUAAGCAAAGCAAUACCCAUAGCCCACCAAAUAUACUUCUUGUGCUGUUUUUCUGUCUGCUUUUGUACCCUCACUUACCAUCAUUAGCUGACCUUCCUUUGCUUCACAACACUUGUAUUUUGCACAUUUAAUCAUUACCCACCUUCACUCUUCUAAUAAUUUGAUUUUUUUAUUUUUUAUUUUAAUAAAAAAUAACCCCAUUUCUUGAUUUCUUGUCUUUUUUCAUUUUUCAUCCCAUUUGAGGAACAAACAUGGUUGAAGUUGUAGUUGAAAACUUAUGGAUAGACUUGUGUCACACCAAGACAAAAAAAGAGAGGUUUGUUCUCUGGAAUUUCAACCACAGCUCAAGCAUUUUAUUCCACUAGACCCCUCUACAAGGUCUAAGAAAGAAACUCAUUUUUCCGCAUUGAAGUUUAAGGUUUCAAAAUCCAUCAAGAAUCUAUAUCACAAAGCUAAAGAUUCAAAAGGGUUUGGUAGUAAAAGGUUUGAAUUUGAUGGCAUUGUGAUGACCAACUCAGUUUAUUGUGCUUCUCCUGGUUUUCUUGAUGAUAAAAUGGAUGGUUAUGUUGAAAAUGCUGGAAAAAUUGAGUCUUUAGUGUGUUUGAGUGAAAAGAUUGGUAGAGAAAGUAGUUCAAGUUCUGGUUUUUUGGUGUCAAAUGAAGAACAUAGUGGGUCUGAAGAUUCAUGUUCUCCAUCUUCAAUUGCUUGGCAUAUUCAAGAGGAUGAGGUGGAACAGCAUUGUGUAAAAUCUGAUGUUUCUGAAGAAGUAGAGAAACCUUAUGUGGAUACUAAAAGGAAGUUAGAGAAACAAGGUUCUUGUUUGUCUGAGAUUGAAAUGAUGAAGGAGAGAUUCUCAAAAUUGCUGUUGGGGGAAGACAUGUCUGGUUGUGGAAAUGGGGUUUGCACAGCACUAGCAAUUUCUAAUGCUAUUACUAAUCUAUGUGAGACUUUUUUUCCAUUAGCUACUCUUUUUGGGCAAAUUUGGAGAUUAGAACCUUUACCUCCAGAGAAAAAGUUAAUGUGGAGGAGAGAAAUGGAAUGGCUUCUCUGUGUUAGUGAUCACAUUGUAGAACUCAUACCCUCUUGGCAGACAUUUGCUGAUGGCAGCAAACUUGAGGUAAUGACUUCUAGGCCACGGUCAGACCUUUACAUCAACCUUCCAGCACUCCGCAAACUGGACAAUAUGCUCCUUGAAAUAUUGGACAGUUUCCGAAGCACAGAGUUCUGGUAUGUUGACCAAGGAAUCGUAGCCUCAGAUUCUGAUGGAUCAUUCAGAAAUCCUCUCCCUCGUCAAGAGGAUAAAUGGUGGCUUCCAGUUCCUAGAGUUCCCCCUGGUGGUCUCAGUGAAAAUGCAAGAAGGCAGUUGCAGCACAGACGCGAUUGCACAAACCAAAUCCUGAAAGCCGCAAUGGCCAUUAAUAGCAACAGCUUAGCUGAAAUGGACGUGCCUGAAUCAUAUUUGGAAGGCCUUCCUAAGAACGGAAAAUCUAGCUUAGGUGAUCUCAUCCACCGAUAUGUCACUUCGGACCAAUUUUCACCUGAAUGUUUGCUUGACUGCCUUGAUUUGUCUUCUGAGCAUCAAGCAUUUGAGAUAGCAAAUCGAGUGGAGGCUUCAAUUUAUGUGUGGCGGAGAAGAGCUCACUCGAAACCUUUUGGUAGUACACAUAGGUCCAAUUCAAAGUCCUCAUGGGAAAUGGUUAAGGAUUUGAUGGUUGAUGGUGAUAAGAGGGAGCUACUUGCUGAUAGAGCUGAAAGCCUUUUGCUUUGCUUAAAGCAACGGUUUCCUGGUCUUCCACAAACAACCUUAGACAUGAGCAAAAUUCAAUAUAACAAGGAUGUUGGCAAAUCAAUUUUGGAGAGCUACUCGAGAGUUCUUGAAAGCCUGGCAUUCAAUAUUAUUGCACGUGUUGAUGACCUUCUUUAUACGGAUGAUUUGAAUAAGCACUCGGAUCAAUUUGUGCCAAUCUCCAAAGUUGGUAUCAUUGCUCACAAGAGCAUGGGGACUCCGCUCUCAGUACCUGUCAAUGGCACUCCAUACAAAACAGCUUUUACCACACCAAGCUUCUCUCCUUCCCAACAUACUAGUCCUGCAAAUGGCAGCAAGCUUUCUAAUCGAGGCUUUGGUGUGAAAAAGGUUUUGACUGAUUAUUUGAGCAUCGAUUCAAAAGGAAAGGACUUCAUCAGCAGUGAUUUCAGACGAUCAGAUUCAUUUUCAAGCACAAGUCAAGACGUUUCAGCAACUGCAUCAACACGCUCUUCAGAAUGUUCAAGAGAAAUUGUCAGCCCAUUGACACACGACUCACCGGGGAAAGAAUAAGAUCAUUCUUGGCUAUGAAUGAGUUCCUGUAUAUUUGGCUUCUCAAGUGAUCACACUAUCGUUUAUGUAGAACCAUGUAUUUGAGUGUGAGAUAGGUUUUAGCAUAUACUACUUCAUUCAUCAAGUAUAAUUAUGGUCAUCAACUGACAUCCUAUGUUCCUUUAGCCAAGUCUGAUGGUAAUGUUACAUUGGAUUGUACAGAAGUACUAAGGAUUGUAUAAUUAUCAGCUAAGGAUUGUAUAAUUAUCAGCCAGUUUUGAUUUUUCCAAGUAAUAAUACAAGUACUAAAGAUUGUAUUUA